UAUUUUUCAGGAAAAUUAGAACUGGAGAUACGGAAAUUAAAUAUUAAAUUAAUAAACAAUGUUGGGUGACUUCAUUAACAGAAUUUUGGUGUUGGUUCUUGGAUAUGCGUAUCCAGCAUUUGAGUGCUUUAAAACGGUGGAGAAGAACAAAGUUGGGAUCGGUGAACUCAGAUUUUGGUGCCAAUAUUGGAUCCUUAUGGCGUUUCUGAUAGUUUUUGAAUGGACAGGGGAAGUAUUCAUUUCAUGGUUGCCAAUGUAUGGCGAGAUGAAGGUUGGAAUGUUAGUGUACCUGUGGUACCCUAAAACGAAGGGAACUGGUUACGUGUAUGAUACCUUGCUUCGGCCAUUCAUGGCAAGACACGAAACAGAAGUGGAUAGAAAGAUUCAAGAGAUCAAAGCUAGAAUAUGGGACUUUAUUUUUAAAUAUUGCCAACAUUUCGCAGUAAUGGGGCAGGGAAAAUUCUUUGAAAUGCUUCAAUACAUGGCAAACCAAUCUUUAAAGUUUAAACAAGCCAAUCAGAAAUCUGAUGAUCCAUCAACGCCAAAUGGUCACCGUGAUUCGCCUCGUAUGAGAUCUCGUCCGGUUCAAACCUGAUUGACGGCCGGCGUAUAAACCACACAAUUAACAAUUUCUAAUAAUAAUAAUAAAAAAAAAGAAAACUUGUACAAUGAAAACCAAAAAAGAAAGAAAAAAA